GCUAUCAGCCUAUGACCGGCGACAGAUGGCAUUUGGCGAGCAUCUGCGAGUUCUCGGCCCUUAAAUACUUGAUGCUCAAACGGCACAUCGGAUCCAAAAACGCUUAACCCUAUGGCUGUAGCAGUUGCACCUUGAUGGCGGUUCACAAAUGUACAGCACGGACAGACAUCGCAUCCUCAUCGACAACUUAAUCGCCGGCGUUGAAAGGCGUUCAUCCGUUCGCUUUCGGCGGCCUCCGAUCCGACCUUGGCGCGGCCCCAGACAGUCCGAGCAGCGGUCCAUUACCCGGAUGAGCGGCCGCGCGUCCUCCUGCAGUGAGGUAACGCCUGUUGAUUGUGAGAGAAACAAGGCGAUUUUCCAAUGCGCUGCUGGAGCGUUACGGAGUGCUGCUUUUCUCACUUUCCCGCGGUGAGUGCGCUCCUCCCUCUCCACCGCGGCGUGCCCCACUGCCGGCAUCGUUGAUGUGACAUUCCCGUAGGCAGCAGUCCUCUCUCCGGCGCGCUCCCGUCAAGACCUGGCUCACCGGCUUUCCUUGCUGCCGCCUCUCGCACCCCGACUUAAGUAGCGUGCCGCGUUCCAUACACAACUGCUCGCUACUCCUGCGGCCCUCGCUUUUCCCUUGUGCUACGGAUGUGUGCCGACCGCUGCCCGGGCGCGCUGACGAGGCUCUCCUUUGCUUCUCCGAUAGGGUCCAAUAAUUUGCUACAGCCGUUCAACUGUCGGCAUUUCUAGCCCCUUUUCUAUUUCUCAUUAACUGAGCGAACUUCUCGAGUCUCACUGUUGCAGCUCAUCUAGCAUUCACACCAUGCGCCCUUUUCUGAAGGUGUACACGCGGCCAGAGAGAAACGCGUCUGCCAACAUUCAAGGUUAGCUUGCCUUCCUCCUGCCUUCCUUAUUUUGGACGCGUCGUUCAGUGCGGACGCAUUCGCAACAGUGCAUUAUCACUCUGCAGUGCUCUCUGCGAAUAACAUUUUUAUUUCAUUUCUUUGUGCGAAAGGAAUACAAACGGGCUUGCUUUGGCAGCUAAGGAGACGAGAAGAACGGCCCCACUUUCUUGGCGAGUUCGCCGCUCUCAGCUUUUCUCGAUCUUCGCCGCACAAGGAACCUCGCCGUUAGCCCCUCUUAGUAGGCGUUUCCUUUUGUCUGCGUCGACAAACACCGUUUCCGUCAUGCUGAACAUGAGUGCUGACAGCAACUUUUCCAACUCGACUAACUUGACUGAUGGCUUGGAAGCCAAUCCAGUCAAGUACCCCCUAAUCAAGAUUAUCCACGACUGGUUGAUCGUCGGCAUUUUGGUGUCCAUCAUGUUUGGAAUGGGGUGCCACGUCAAGGUGUCUGAGCUGUGGGCACACCUGCGGCGACCGUUCGGCGUGGCUGUGGGAAUGCUGUGCCAGUUCGUGAUGAUGCCCCUGCUGGCGUUCGGCCUGUUGACGUGCAUGCGAUUGAGUGGCCUGUACGCCAUCGGCAUGCUCAUCAUGGCAUGCUGCCCCGGCGGGACUGUCUCCAACGUAUUCGCAUAUUUCGUCGACGGGGACGUCCCUCUCAGCAUCGCCAUGACACUGUGCUCGACGGUGCUGGCCAUGGGCAUGAUGCCGGUGAACAUGCUGAUGUACGGCUACUACGUGGACACGGGUGACAUUGUCGUGCCCUACUCCAAGAUGGCUAUGAGUCUGGUCUUCAUCUCGCUCCCAGCCGGUCUCGGCAUGCUGUUCAACUGGUUCUGCCCGCGGUUGGCGCCUUACAUCACCAAGCUGUCGAGCACUCUUGGCGGCCUGCUGAUCGUGGUGACGCAAAUCAUGGAGGUGUUCAUCUUCCCCGACAUCUUCCACAACAUCCCUCCCGUGUUAUACGCUGCCACGGUGGUCAUGCCGGCAGCAGGUAUGAUGAUCGGUUACCUCAUCAGCUGGCUCUUCAAGCGACCAGAUGCGGUUCGAAAAACCAUCGCCAUCGAGUCAGGCAUUCAGAACGUCGGCAUGGGACUCACCAUCGUCUCGCUCUCCUUCAAGUUCCAGGAACAAAAGCAAGCCCUACUAUUCCCAUGGCUUUAUGGAUUCACAAUGAUAGCUUUAAGCUUCCUUCUGUGUGGCAUUUAUGGAAUAUACAAAAAAUUCUUUUCAAAAUCAAGCUCCCACAAUAUUGCUGCUGAAGCUGAAACUACAAAGCAUAACGAAAAGAUGCAGCUGUCCACUGUGCAAGUCCCAAGCCAUGGUGUUUUCAAUGCAGCAUUUCAGGGAUGAUAUAGCUUUCACAAGUGGACUUCAGUGUGCACUUACUAUGUUUGGAAAGACUGCUGUUUUAUUGGUCACCCCUCAACAAGCAAUGCUGGUGGUCUACAAAUUUGCGUUACUGACCUAAACGGAGCUGCACAAAAAUGCACUGGUGCACAAUACCAACGAUGUACAUAAAUGUGAAAUGUCAUUUUUGGUGAUGCCCAUCAUGAUUUCAGUAUUGCUUUGGCUUGUGUCACUCUGAGCUUUAUAAAUGCUUGCAGCAUGUAACGUCUUACAGCAAAACACCUGAGCCACAUCGUGACAUUGAAAAUUCGUAUGUGCGCUGAAAAUGAAUAAACACGUGCCAAAGACUG